AUGGCCUCGAAAGCCUCGAAACCCUUGUUCAACACAAUCAUCGAUCGAAUACCUCUCCGUCCUGUCAAUUGCACGACAUUUGUCGCUACCAAGGUCAUUGCCAGCGAUGAAUGCCAUCCCCUCCACAUCAAGACUAGACGAAGACUUGCGGCCUUUGAUCCUCAAGGCUUCUACUGGAGGGUGAACUGUCCCAUUGAUAUCAGCAAAAAAGCUGUCGUAAGGAACGCGUGCAAGGGAGAAUUCAAGAAAGCCUUCACAAGGGCUCUCGCGGAAGCGGGCUUGGGAGGUGAUGGAAGGCCACUGGACCCGGCUGGAAAACAACAACGGCUUACUGGUGCAGUGCUGUUAAGCAUUGUGAAGGAUCCCGCCCGUGUUCUGACCGCAACUAAGGCGGAUUUGAGGCGUGAAACAGGGGAGCUCGUAAAGAAGCUGCUGGCAAAGCAAGAGCAACCAACACAUCGAAACCCCUGGCGAAGGAAUGAACAGCCGGAGAGGGGACCGAGAAGGCCUGAAAGAGACGUCGCAGGUACAGUUCCUGGGCGAUGGAACGGCCGCUCUCGAUACGGUAUGGCGGCGAACAAGGCCGAUUCGCCAGUAGCAAGGUUCAAUCCCACUGGAACGACGCCUUGA